CAUAUAUAGGCAAUACCGGGUCGGUGAACGUGACACAGGAUGUCGGACAACCACGGGAUGAAGCGGAACAAACUGAGAUGACAAAGAACUCAUCAUGUCCGAAACGUCUUGGCAAUAUUUACAAGUGUCCCGUAUGCGAUAAAUCAUUUGUUGAGCUUUCCAAAGCUUUAGAGCAUCAAAAGUCUCACUCAACCGACCGUGACUUUCACUGCAGUAAAUGCAUGUGUUCGUUCAAGCAUAAAAAGAGUCUUAGUCGUCACUUGAAGCAAGCACACGAAAACCAAGUAUAUCGUUUGCAUUUCAAAACACCAUGCACACAGGUCCGAGAAUCAGAGAAAAAAGGGAACCCGUGUCCUGAAUGCCAUAUGACUUUUGCAAGGUGGGAUAAUCUUCAACGACAUCGAAAAUCGGUUCACACAACAGGACAGCGCCAUGCAUGCCACGAAUGCGGAAAACUUCUCAGCCACAAACGACAGCUUUCCCGACAUAUCAGAGAGAUGCACACGCGGGAUUAUCAGUACGUCUGCGAACAGUGCAAGGAAACGUUCAGUCGUGCAUAUGUGCUCAAAAAACACACUAGCUUAGUGCACGGUAUUAACCUCCAGACCGCCUCUUAUUACAAUUUCUCGCAGUUCGUGGACUCGCGGUUCUCUCCUGGGCUGCUCCAAGUUGGUAUCCCUGGCAUCGUUGAACAGUUAGAACCAGAGUUACAGCCAGUACACCCCAUAGAAUCAGUACAGCACAGAAACAUAAACACUACGCUGAACUUUGCUCACAUGGUUUGUCACAUCACCACUAGGGCGGCUCGCAACAGCAGUGCGUACACUUUGUUUAUCGUCACACCACUCUCGUUUGAACGGUUGUCCUCCCAUUCUGGCGCAGUUAUUCCGGCGAGUCCACACCAAGGGGAAGCACUGGAAAACAUUACAUACCUGGGUAGUUGUAUUAGCUCUGACGGAAGUGUGUCUGAUGAAGUCAGUGCAAGAAUCUCAAAGGCUCGAAUCACGUUUGCUAAGCUUCGUCACUUGUGGCGUCAAAAGGGCAUCUCACUGGAUCUUAAGGGUCGUGUGUACCAGGCUACCAUAAGGGCUCAGUGCAUAUCCAAUGGCGGAUCUGAUAUGCGAAGCGAGCGUGUAACCACUACUCCAACAAUGCACAUAACCCAACAUGUCCGUAACCAGUUGACAAAGUUUACAACUGUCCUAUGUGUGACAAAUCGUUUGUUCACCUGUCCAGAGACUUGGAACAUCAAAUUCUCAUUCAACCGAUCGU